AUGGCUUUGCCUUUGCUUGUUUCUCCCCUCCUCCUACUCUUUUUACUCUUUCCAAUGACUUCUUCCCAUUCCUCUUCUCCUCCUCCUUCCUAUGAUUCUGAUCUACAAGCUCUCCUCGCUUUUAAGCACUCCCUCUCCCUCGACCCCUACAACUCCUUGCAUGAUUGGUCUCCUCGCCACUCCUUUUGCAAUUGGACUGGGAUUGUCUGCUCUUCUCGCCAUCAGCGCGUGCUUUCUUUGAAUCUCACUGGUAUGUCUUUGCUGGGACCAAUCUCUCCUUUCCUUGGCAAUCUCUCUUUUCUUAGAGUACUUGCUCUCUGGAAUAACAGCUUUCAAGGCCCAAUUCCUCAUCAACUAGGAAGGCUGUCUCGCCUUAGAAUUCUCAGAUUGUCUCUAAAUCAAUUGCAAGGCCCCAUUCCCACCACUCUAACAUCUUGCCGCUCUUUGCAAGUUCUCAAACUGUCCUAUAACUUUUUGAGCAGCACUAUCCCUUCCCAACUUGGCCUUCUUUCACAAUUAGAAAUCCUUUAUUUAGGAAAAAAUCAAUUGACAGGCACAAUCCCACCUUCCUUAGGAAACCUAUCUUCUUUAACUGAGUUGGUAUUGGAAAAUAAUACACUCCACGGUAGUAUUCCUAUUGAAUUGGGUAUGCUUACUCAACUCAAACAACUUCUUCUUGGGGGAAACAACCUCACAGGAACAAUCCCACCCUCCCUAGGAAACCUAUCUUCUUUAACUGUGUUGGUAUUGGAAAAUAAUACACUCCACGGUAGUAUUCCUAUUGAAUUGGGUAUGCUUACUCAACUCAAAAUACUUUAUCUUUGGGGAAACAACCUCACAGGCACAAUCCCACCCUCCCUAGGAAACCUAUCUUCUUUAACUGAGUUGGCAUUGGGAAAAAAUACACUCCAUGGUAGUAUUCCUAUUGAAUUGGAUAUGCUUACUCAACUCAAAAUGCUUCAUUUUUGGGGAAACGACUUGACAGGGACAAUCCCACCCUCCCUAGGAAACCUAUCCUCACUAACUAUUUUGUCAUUAGGAAACAACAAACUCUAUGGUAGUAUUCCUAUUGAAUUGGGUAUGCUUACUCAACUCAAAAAACUUUAUCUUUCACAAAACAAUUUGAUAGGCAGAAUCCCACCAUCUCUAGGAAACUUGUCCUCUUUAAUUGAACUGUAUUUGGAUAACAACAAACUCUAUGGUGAUAUUCCUAUUGAAUUGGGUAUGCUUUCUCAACUCAGAAAACUUUAUCUUGGAUACAAUAGCUUGACAGGAGUGAUUCCAUUCUAG